AUGGAUGACUAAAAAAAAGUAGAUAAUGUUGUGAAGAUAUUUGCAGAAAGCUUGAAAGAGUCUAAAGAUUUUCCAGAUAGUAAAAUAGAUAAUGUUGCAAGAAGCAUAGUUUAAGUUUUAUCUCAACUAUACGAUCCUUCAAAAAAAGAAUUUCGUGAUAAAGUAAAUGUUUUAAAAAUGAAAUUAAAAGGAUCUAGAAAUAAUAGUGCUAGGCUUGCACUUUUAUAAGAUAAAAUAUAACCUGCAGAUUUUGUAAACUUACCCUAAGAAAAGCAUAAUUAAGAAUAUUUUGACUCCUUAAUUUCUAGCAAUGAUAGCUAAUCUAAACCUGCACCAACAUAAGCUCCACCUACUAGAGUUAAUAAUUAGGCAAUCUCAAACUAAAUAAGAGGAAAUGCACCACCUCCUAGAGGUAUUAGUCGUCCAGGAGGAGCCAGAGUCAUGCCUCCUCAGCCAAACAGUUUCAGGCCUGUUAUAUAAUAGAGCUAAGAACAAAGUGCUGAUAUUUAAAAUGAACAAAAUAAUAAUGAAGAAAUUUAAAAUUUAUAAAAAGAUAACAUUGAAGAAAAUAAUGAUGCAGAAUAAAAAUAAAUAACUCCAAAUGCAAGCUAGUAAGCAAAAGAACUAUCAUAGUAACCUCCAAAAUAAAACCAAGAUAAUGCUUAAUAGAUAAAAAAAGUGACUGCUAAUUAAAACAUUAAAGCUGAAGAAACACCUGAAAAGGUUUAAACACAGCAAUCUAAAGUGAAUAAAUAACAGCCUUAAAUUCCAACUUAAUAGUUAAAAUAAGUCAAUCAGUAAGCAGAUAAGCCUUAGAUACAGUAAUUAGCUUAGCAAUAAUAACAGGAAGAAGGUGAAGAAAAAGAUUAAGAAGAAUAGUAGCAAUAAUAAUAGAAUUUGUAAGCUCCUCCUCCUAUAGCUAGAGGACCAAAUCCUAUAGCAGGAAGAACUAUUCCUUAAAACCAAUAAAGCAGACUAAAAUAGUUACCUGGUUAAAAGAAGGUUCAAUAAUAGUAAGUUAUUGAUGAAGAUUAAAAAAAAUCUGAACAAGUUAAAUUACCACCAGUGGGAAAUUAACUGUAAGAAGAAUAAAAACCCGAUACUAAAUUAUAGCCUACUUAAAAGACUGUUUAGAUAUAAGAAAAAUAAAACAAUUCUUCCCAACAAUAACCAAUAAAGAACCUUCCUACCAAGUAAAAUGAAGACAUUUCGAAAUAAUCCUAAAAGAGUUAAUAACCUUAAUCUUCUUCACAAACUCAACCACCAGUUGUUUAAACUUAAGAUAUCAAUAAACAAGCUGCUGACACAUUAAAGGCUAAGCAAUAAUAAAAUGCAAAAAAUAAUUUAUAAAAUAACCAAAGUAUUCCUCCUAAGCAAGCUAAUCAAGCACCUAUUUAAUAAACUAAGCAAUAAUAAAUUAACUAACAAUCAAACUAAUUAUAAAGUAUGCAAAAUUAAUAAAGAGCUAUUAAUUAACCUCAAUAAUCUAUACCUACAAAUACUUAGUAGUAAAAAUUAUUAUUAUAACAAAAUCAAUAGUAAGUUUAAUAGUAAGAAAGCUAUAGUGAUGAAGAAGGGGAGUGUGAAGACGCACAUGUUAGCUAGCUAAAAUCUCAAUUGGACGAUUUUAAAAGAACAAAAUAACAGCUGGAAGCAGAAUAUUAUGAUGAAUAGGUUCUAGAUAACUUAUCAAAUGAAGAUGAUUAUUCAUAAUAUGAUGAUGAUGAGUCUUAUGAAGAUCCUAAUAAGCCUAGAAGUGAUGAUAGGAAAAAUAAUCAAGAAGAUUAGUAUAGUGACGAGUAUGAGGUAUAGUAAAAGCAAGUAUCACCCUAAAAGCAAGCUGAGAAUUAAAAAUAAACAGUAAAAUAAGUCGAAGCUACUAAGGAUUCAAAGGAAAGUAAUGUGAAACAGAAAUCCUAUUAAGAAAACUAAAAACAGGACAGGACUCACGAGUACUAAUUGCACUAGCAAAUUGAAAACUAAAAACUAUAAGAAGAAUUGUAAAAGAAAUAGGCUCAGGUUUCAGACACUCAACUCCCUAAAGCUUCUCAAAAAGCAAAUAAUCCUACUCACAAUUCCGCUUAAAUUUAAUAAUAAAAUACAAAUCAUUAAAUAGACACACAUUUUACUACUUCUUAGUCUAGUAAAUAGACUUAAAGUAAAUAAAAAUUAGAAGAAAUGUCGGAUUUUGAAAAAAUUGAAUUUAAUCCAGCUUUAAGAAAUGAAGAAUUUGAUGAUUAAAACGAAGAAGAUGUGAUACACCACAUACAAAACGAUUAGAAAAAUCAUAAUUUUGAUUAAAAGAAUGGAGGAUUUGCUAAUCCAUUCCAAAUACAGGUACCUUAAAAGUCUCAUUAAAGGACAUUAAGCAGUGUUGUUGUAAAAUAAGAAGACUAAGAAAGUAUAGAUAGAUUGAAAAACGUUUAAGUUCCUGUCCGCUAAAGUGUUUCUCCAAAAGCUAAUGUAAUUAAAAGUGGCUCUAAAAAAAUAGUCAAAGGACCUGAUGGCGAAUAAAUUGAAGUUACAAAUAGUGAUAAUGAAGAUUUCGCUAGCGAUAACAUGCAAAAUAUAUUGUAAGGUCUCACAGACUAAGAGUAAAGUAAGAAAGGCACAGAUAAAGAAUCUACAGAUGAAUUACAGGGAGAAGAAUAGGAAAGAGAAGAUGAGCUUCUUGAAGGUGAAGAAUAAAAGCUUUACUAAGAUGAGAUUAAUGUAGAUGUUGACAUACCUGCUGAUUUCUCAUAAGCUUCUGAAAAAAAAUAAAAUUAAUUAUUAAAGAAUUCUCCACUCAAAGAAACGUUUGAAGAAAAUGAGAGCACAAAAUAAUAAAAGUCUCGCAAAGAAUCAACAAAGAGUGAAAGCUAACGCAUAAAUCAAAAGUUACAAUAGUAAUAUGAAGACGAUUUAGAUACAAAUAAUGCAAAGGAUCUUUCAGGAGAAUAUGAGAGUGAUGGUGAGUUAAAAAUAUAAAAUUACUCUUCUUCAUAAAACGCUAGACUUUAAGAAGAAAAUAAGUAAUUAAAGGCUAAACUCCGCCAAAUACUUUAAGAUCAAUCAAAGAGAGAAGAAUUGAAUAAGAGAGCAUUGAUAGAGAAAGACAAAAAAAAUAAACUCUUAGAAUCAUAAGUUAAAGAAACUUAAGAUGAAAUUUUUAUAAUUAAGCAGUAUCUUGAUUAAAUAAUUGAAGAAAACUUAAAGUAAAAAUAAUAAUACGAAGAAAUAAAACUCUCCUUCGGUUAGAAUGAGCAUUAACUUAGAGAGGAACUUAGCUAACUAAAGUAAAAAAUUAAAGUUGAAUAUACAAAUGAAAUUCAAUAGCUUCGCAGUGUUAACCAAGUUUUAAUUUAAAACAAUGAACAUCUUUAAAGUGCAUUAGAUAGUUUAGCUAGCGAUUUAGAAUAAAAAGACUUGAUUAUUUAAAAACUAACCCUCCAUUCUUCUGAGUAAGUUAAUAGAAGCUAUCAAAAUAUUAAUUCAAAAAGCUUAAAUUAUUCCUCAGCUAAUACUGUAUAACCUCCUCAGCAAAUUAUACAACAAAAAGCUUAGCCAAGUUCCUACAUACAAUAAUAGCAAUUAUAGCCAGCUUAAAUUUCACCUUAACAAAUUAAUUCAAUAAACUACCCUUAGCAAAAAUAAACUGAAGAAUAAAUAGAAUAAUAACCUAUUUAGAAUGAAGAGUAAGAGGAAGAAAAUAAUCAUGAAGAGAUUGAAAUGAAUGCUUAAGCUGAACUUGAAAUAGAUUUGCAAUAACAUCCUGACAAUGAAAACGAUGUAGACAAUAAUGAUGGAAUUGAUGAAUAAGAGCAUGAAAACAUUGAUAAAGAAACAGCUGGAUUAAAGAAUUAUGAGGAAGAAGAGGAAGGAGUUCAUAACCAUUAAUUAAAUGAAGAUGAAGGAGAUGAUAGGCAAGAAGGUAAGCACGAAGAAGACAUCCAAGAUCAUAGAUAUGAUGAUUUAGACUAAAAUGCUUAAUAAAUAUAAGUUUAAGAGCAAAUUAGUUAAUCAAGCCCUGUUUAUCACCAUAUCUCUGAAAAUUAGAAUUUGUAAUAAUAUGAUGAUGCAGAAAAUUUCUUUAAUUAGUUGUUACCUGGUACUAAAUAGUAAACUCCUAUCCUUGAGCCAUCUCCUGUCUAAUAACAAGAAGUAAAUAAAAAUAUAACUAAUUAGUCUGGAGCUAGUGCUACUAAUAAUUAAACCAAAAGCGUAAAUAAAAAAAGUAAUAGUAAUGUCAAUCCUAGCUCAAAGAAUCAAAGACAACUGCCUCCUAAUAAAAAAGAUAGCCUAUCAGAAUAAAUUGUAAAUCUAGGUGGUAUUAUAGGAGAUGAUAUCCACAAUUAAUCAAACUCUAACUUCUUUGAUAUUAAUUCUAUUCCUAAUGUACCAACAACUAGUGAAUUAAGAAGCUCUCAUAACAAUAAAAUUUCUAAUUAAAAAUAAAUAAAAAAUUAGAUUGACUUGAAUCCUGCUGAAAAUACCUUCUUCUCUACCGAAAAUGAUUUUUUCAAUACAGUUACAAGUGAUAAAUUCAAUACAAGCAAUAUUUCAGCCAUACCCAAUCCAUUUAAUAGUAAUAACUUCUUUAAUAACAAUUUUAGUAAUCCAUUCUAGGAACCCUAGUCAAACAAAGCUAAAAACUCUAAGUAAACAGGAUAAAAAAGAGUUAGAAAUACUGGAGGAAAUUUAUUCUCAUGA